AUGACUGAUUCGACAUCGAUCUCUUUCACCACUUCAAAUCGAGGCAAACGUUUGCUAAUUUAUUCAGGAUAUAUUUUUCGGCUUAAAAAAUCAACCAUGAAAGUAAAGUAUUGGGCUUGUCAUUCGGAUGGCUGUGUAGCUAAUGUUCACACAGACAAAAAUGAUCAUUUCAUUAAAUCUAAUGGUCAGCAUCAUCAUAUGCCUGAACCUAAACAAAUUGAACUUAGAAAUUUAAAAAGAAAAGUCAAAGAAAGAGUAAAAACUGAAACAAGUUCUAUACCUCAGAUAUACAAAGAAGAAUUAGCUCGUUCUAAUCUUUCUUCUACCGCUUUAACACUUGCAUCUACUGCUACUGCAGGAAAAUCUGGUCUUAAUCGUGUUCGUCGAAAAACAACUCCAACUAUACCAACAUCAACAGAAUUUGAUAUUCCUGAAUUUUAUUCUCAAACUCUUGAUGGUACACAGUUUGUGUGUACGGACAAGAUCAUUAAAAAAACACGAAUGAUUCUUUUUGCUACUGAUACACAACUUGAAACGCUAUUCUCAUCUGAAUGGAUCUUCUUGGAUGGUACUUUUCAUUCAUGUCCAGAACAAUUUCAGCAAAUUUAUACAAUUCAUUGUUUAAAAUUCAAUCAAACGUGGCACAACAGGUUCAAUAAUCGAGUUGAAAAAUAUCAUCCUAACGUGUGGCAUUUUUUUGAAUGUCAAAAACCGGAAGAAUUAUUAUUUUGUCAACAGUUAGGAAAAUUAAAUGCUGGUAUUCAAAAAAAAACUUGUAACAUCUGUAUUAGUCGAAAGCAAAUUGAUACACUAACUGAACAAUACGAACAAGAACAAAUUACUUUAACUGACUUUCUCUAUGGACUAUCUACACUUGUUGCUAAACGUUCUACAAAAUCACUUUGA